AAUUGCUACGUCGACUGGAUUCCGAAUUAACGAAAACGAGCCUACUUAGGCGGAGUGAAUUCAGCUUCAUUGUUACAAGUGCGGUAGUCGUUAUAAGUCAACUCGAGAGAAAAUGUUCGUAAAAAAAAUCACAACAACAACAUGUAGUUUAAUUAUAAGAAGGAAAUAUUGUUCGGUUAGAAAUUUCGAAGAUAUACCCUCGACUAGAGGACUGCCAAUGGUUGGUUCUACUUUUUCAUUAGUAAUUACGGGGGGGCUUAAGAAACUUCAUAAAUAUAUAGAUAGACGUCAUAAAAAAUUAGGCCCUAUAUUUAGAGAUAAUGUCGGACCUGUUACUGCUGUAUUUUUAUCAGAUCCUGAUGAAAUGCGUGCAGUUUUUGCUAAAGAAGGAAAAUAUCCAAAACUUACGAAACCGACAUCGUGGUUGUUGUAUAACGAAAAAAACAAUUAUUCUCGCGGAUUAUUUUUCAUGGAGGGCGAGGAAUGGCGCCAUUUCAGGAGGAUAAUGAACAGAUUAUUAUUAAAAGGAGAUUUUUCGUGGAUAGAAACGUCUUGCGACGCGGCCACUAAUUUAUUGAUAGAUCGGAUAAAUCCGAACGAGGAAUUUAAAAAUUUAGAAGCCGAAUUAUACAAAUGGUCUUUGGAGGUGAUGGUGUCCGUAUUAAUAGGCGGCGAUAAUUAUAAACGACGUUACGAAGAAAUAGAAAAUUUAAUGGAUCGAUUAUCGUCGACGGUAAAUUUAAUAUUCAAACGCACCUCCGAGUUGCAAUUGAUCCCGGCGGAAUUGGCUCUAAAAUUGAAUUUGAAACGUUGGCGGAAUUUCGAGGAAUCCGUAAAACGUUCGUUAAAUUUAGCGAACGAUCUGAUCGAUCGCAUCAGAAACGAAAACGACGGAUUAAUAAACAAAAUGAAACGGGAAAAUAUAAACAACAAAGAUUUAGAUCGGAUAAUAAUCGAUUUGAUUAUAAGCGCCGGCGACACCACGUCCUACACCAUGAUCUGGAUACUGUUUCUGAUGGCGAAACAUAAAAAUCACCAAACGAAAUUGAGACAAACCCUCCGAUCUGAUCCGAAAACGAAUUAUGCGAAAAAUAUAGUGAGGGAAUCGUUGAGAUUGUACCCGGUGGCACCGUUUCUAACCAGAGUCCUGCCGGAGGACGCCGUCAUCUGCGGUUACAACGUACCCGCCGGUACCACGGUGGUGAUGUCCGUUUAUACGAGCGGACGGAACGGAAAAUACUUCAAACGCCCCGACGUCUUUUUACCGGAGCGAUGGGAUCGGGGUGGAAUGAACGAUUCGUCGGUCCGACAAGCUAGUUUACCAUUCAGUAUGGGUCCUAGGUCGUGCGUCGGGAAAAAAAUCGCCGAAAUUCAAUUGACCGUUACGCUUUCGAAACUAAUCGAAAAUUUUAAUAUCGAUAUCGUUAACGACGAAGAAAUCGAUGAUGUACUCGUGAUGGUACCGCAACCGUCUAAACCGUUGAGGCUUAUUUUCAGAAAUAUCACUUAAUAUGUCAAAUUUAAAACGAGGGCGACGUUGUCGGACUUUGAAAACUGUACGGGAAUCGAGGAAACGCGAUUGAGGUUAUGUUGAUGAAAUAUGGCUGUUAAAUAACGAAACUGCGUAUGUAGAGGACGUUUUAGACGUUUAGUAUAUGGAAAUCUUGUUUACGGACGUCCCGAAAGGCAAUGUAAUUGUAAAAAACUCUAUUUUCCAGCUCUAAAUACUAAAAAUUACAUUUUAUCGUUAAUUUGCUAAGUCCGGACCGUAUAAGUCACGCAGAGCUGCUGCGUCGAAUAUCCUUUAGCUCGCGUAAAUAAGAUUUUAACUCCCGUGGUUUCCGAAGUUUCCACGAUAGAUUCGAAUCGUUCGUUGAAGGUUAUGACAGCGAGAAACGUGACCGGUUUCAACCGGUUUCGGUUCGAAAUGCUUCGUCCAGAUUAACGAAUUUUAAGUUUAUAUUUGAAUCUCCCUCGUAUAAUAAUACACACGGGGCUGUAAAUAUUUAGUAAAUUGCGCUCAAAUUUCAACUUUUUCUUCUUCUUUGAUUUAAUAACGUCUGCAAAUUUGAUAUUUUUCGGUUUUAAAUCGUCGUUCUGCGUUAGUUUUUAGCGUUUUUCAAAAUUGUGCUCUUUAUGAUUGUUUUAACGACUUUAUUUACCCGAUUUUCACGGUUUUAUACAUAGAUCUGAAUUGUGUAAUGUUUUACUACUUUUAAAUAACAAAAUUGUACCUGCGCAUUCACCAAAUAUGAAAAAUUGUUUGUACGUAUUUAAAAAAAAUAACGGAUAUUACAAAUACUCAAAUUUCGAAUGAAUGAAUUUUUUACUAUUUAUACAGGUUGUCCCACGACGAGUUAAAACUAUCCGUAUAUAUGGGAAAAUACUUAUAGUAGAAUCGUGAAAAUUUGUACGUUUGGGUUUUAGGAUACGAUCUUUUUAACUAAAAUAUUUUUAAAGAUGGCCGACUUCCGGUUCUACCGGAAAUCGACUGUAACUUCGUUAUUUUAAAUAAAACACCCUGUAUAUUAAUACAUUUUUAAAAUCUACGUCAAAUUUUAGUAAAUUUUUGUCUAAAAACUUUUUUCGAAAAAUGCGUAUUUUUCGAGUUAUUAAUUUUUUUGUAAAAAAUUUGACCCUUAUAAAUUAUUUAUUUACUAAGACACCCUUAAAGAUAUGAAAAUUUUUCUUGUUCGGUUGUUUUAAGCAAGGUCAGACGUAUUAAAAUCUGUGUCGAAAAAUUUUUCAUUUUAUACGGGGUGUGUAUAAAAAGUAAUCAAAGUUUAACUUUUAAAAUAUCAAAUUCCUUCAUUUUUUUAAAUAGAACCACCCGGUUUUUUCUAUUUUAAUGCGUUCGGGGGUAAAAAAUAAGGCAAAUUCAGUAUAAUUUCCUAUACCUCACCCUUAUUCAACCACCCUGUAUAUAAAUUUAAAAGUAGACAUCGAUAUAAGCUAAAUAAAAUUUAUAAAAAACUUCGUAGCGUCGAUUUUUGUACAAACGUAAAUAUAUAAAUAAAAUAUGAUAAUUUAA